AUGGACCAGGAGCGACGCAGCCAGAUCGAAAAGGCGUUGCGCCAGUAUCGAGAAACAGUCUAUCAGCACAACGUCCACCUGCUGCACGUUCUAGUAGAAACUCUUGAGGCGCUGCCCGAACAAGUUCAAAACCAAUCUCGCCUGCAUACGCUCGCGCGUGAGAUCAUGUGGGAGCCGCUCCCCGAAUCUGUCAAAGAGCCACGAGAUAUCCUUAAUGAGACUGUCUUGUCCUCGUCUUGGCUUGAUGGGGUCUACCCUGGACCAGUCGAUCCACGAAGAGAAGAGUAUUUUGCAGGUCUCCGCACCCGUAUCGCAGAAACGAACAUCGCGAUGCCUGAGCUUGUUCCUGCAGAUCUCGAGUAUAUAUGCACACUCGUCAACGCCAUCACAGGCGCGGGGCUGCCAUACUAUAAUCUUAUCAACGGUGUUGAAUUCAUAUCGUCCCUUGAAGACCACGACAUGGAAGACAUGAUGGAUAGUGUGGAAGUUCAAGUCCGGGACGUGGACGGCACUGUUCCUCUUGAAGAACUCACUGCAUUGACAUUCUUCUGGGAGGAUUGGGAUAUUGCUGUUUCUUUUAAGAUUGGGACUGGUGAGCAUGACAGCGGCUCAUACGUUAUUUACUGUAAAAACGACGAGGCGGGAUGGAAAUGGAGAUAUGGUAUUCGGGACUGCGAUUGGACUAGCGAGCUCUACGACACCGUCGAGGAAUUCCUUGGCUUCUACGCUCACUUCAACCAAUGGUCAGAGGAAGAGCUUAUUGAGAAAGUUCUCAGACGCUCCGUACCUCAGGGAUUCAGCAAGGAUGAAAUCAAGGGGAAAAUCCUAUCUUUGAUAUCCUCUCGUCUAUCCACCCUGACCCUUUAG